AUGGCCAGCACGCCAUUAAUGGACCCUAGCGUGGAUGUGGAGAAGAACGACCCAUUUAUUUAUCGGACUGCAAUCCCAGGCAAAGGAAACGCCUUCUUUGAUGCUGCACGAUACAACGGACACGAGGCUCUUUAUCUCUUGAAGCAAAGCUAUAAGCACACGACUACCCCAUCUCUCUUAGCUACUCACCGCUGCCUUGCCAAUGCUGCCAUUCCUCUCCACCUCGGUCAGGCGCCCUCUAAGAUCACACCGACAAAUGGUAACGAAAUCGUGCCAGAAUCUUCAUUUUGUUUCGAAUACCAGCCCUUUCGGACUACUCUGCCCCAAGUUUCUACUACCGUGUGGUUUUUCGCACAACAACCGUCCAUGGGAAAUCCUCAUGGCCAGAGUCAAGAUGGCCUGGUUUGA